AUGAUUCAUCUCAGGUCCAUUACAUUUGUGCCUGAAGAACCUCCAUUUGUGUUCAACUCGCAUUAUCAAAUUCUCGACGCAAAGCUCUGGUCUUCUUCAACCAUGGAUGUGGUCCCUAUCAAUUCAAGUCGUUUUCCUCGUUUUGAUAUUCUCACUCCAGCCCCCAGGGGCAUUUCCCCUACUGCAGGAUCAUGGCUCUGUUUUGAAGGCCUUGCUAAGUUCAAUCCCGGAUCCGAAACAAUUAUUGUCAAUUGCCAAGCCUCUUCAUACCACUCCGAGGUUCCAUUGCAAUAUCAGCACCUCCCAAUGCCAUAUGUCUUUGGAGACUUAAUCAUAAUCGAAACCCAGAAGCAAUUGUAUGCAUCUGAUCCUGAUCAAGACAAUCUUACUGUCCCGCUAUUCUUCAGACCUGCAAAUUUUUAUUGUGCCCGAGCCCAAGGCGCUCUCAGGGACCUUUACUGUACUCAUUACCACUCGGCACCAAGCUUUGGAUCCAAGCUGAAAUGA